AUGAGCCGGGCUAUCUCACUGGCCCGGGUCGCGUUGGGUUCGACGAGCCCCAAUCCGGCAGUGGGCGCGGUGAUCGUGAAGGACGGCCGCAUAGUAGGCGAAGGAUAUACGCUGCCGCCGGGCCAACGCCACGCGGAGAUUGGGGCGCUGGAGCAGGCCGGUGGCGACGCGAACGGAGCGGUUCUCUAUUGCACGCUGGAACCCUGCUGCCAUUACGGGCGCACUCCACCAUGUACCGAUGCCGUCAUCGCGGCCGGAAUUGCCCGGGUGUUUUAUGGCGCUACCGACCCCAACCCCCGGGUGUCGGGCGGAGGCGCGGCGGCGUUGCACGCGGCGGGCAUCAGCGCGGGUUAUGUGCGAACACCGGAAACGGUUGAAUUGUACGAAGGGUUUGCGAAGCACGUGGUUACGGGUCAGCCUUUCGUGGUGGCAAAGUUCGCCAUGAGUCUCGACGGCAAGAUUGCGACCCACGCCGGGGAUUCCAAGUGGAUAACCGGGGAGCCGGCGCGGUUACGCGUGCAGGAAAUGCGCAAGGAACUGGAUGCUAUCGUGGUGGGCAUUGGGACCGUGUUGGCCGAUGACCCGCAGUUGACCGCCCGGGAUGCCGAGGGUCGUCCGCUGGCCGCGCACCUGCAACCGGUCAGGGUGGUUGUGGACAGCGCGGCACGCACUCCGGUGGGGGCCCGAAUGUUGCAAGAGCCCGGUCGAACUAUAGUCACGGUGGGAGGGAACGCCCCACCGGGGCGAGUUGGUGACUUGCGGGCGGCGGGGGCUGAAGUAUGCCUGUUCCCAGGCGACGACCGCCGCGUGGAUCUGGCGGGUAUGUUGACGCACCUGGGAGGUUUGGGGCUGGUUAACGUGCUGGUAGAAGGCGGCGGCACUAUUCUUGGAUCUAUGCUGGAUGUUGGUUUGAUAGACAAGGUUCAUGUCUUUAUUGGCGCCAUGCUGAUUGGGGGAAUGGACGCCAGGUCGCCUAUUGAAGGGCGGGGAGCCGGAAGUAUGAGAGACGUGUGGGAUUUACGGGAAACCAGGCUGGAACAGAUAGGCCCGGAUUGGCUAAUCACCGGAUAUCCGCACCGGGGGAGUGAAUAA